CUUAGCUACACAAUAGAAGACACGACAGAGACGUGGAUACGUAUCUUAAUACUACACCUCUCAUGUGGAAGAACUGAGAAGCUGUCUCCAGUUACGUCUCCGGAGGCGAACAGAGCUGACACAUUAACUUCUGACACCAAGGGCCACCGCUGUUUGUUGUUUGAAAUCGUUCCCAUUAGCUAACACAAGUAUGCCCAGCAUAUCAGGGAGAAGUGACUUGCCACCUACAAAAAUAAUCGUCGUCUACAGGAACGGAGAUGCCUAUUUUCCCGGCAGGAAAGUAGUUGUGAAUCCGCGGCACGUGCCAUACUUUGACAACUUUUUGACAUCUCUGACCAAAGGGAUUGAAGCACCUUUUGGCGCUGUGAGGAGGCUCUACACCGCCACACAAGGCCACCAAGCUCACCAUCUGGAUGACCUUCAGCACGGGAGUGAGUAUGUCGCGGCCGGAAAUGAGGCGUUCAAGAAACUGAAUUAUUGUGAAAUCGCAGCCAAGAAGCCACAGAAUAAGAAAAAAGAACAGAUCCAACCUGUUGUUCACAGCAGGAUAGUAGUUUCUGCCCGCUGGAAGAGAACUGCUGAUGAGUCUUGCACAAUAAACGUCUUCACCAAUGGAGAAGUGCUGGUUUCUCCGGCUCGAAUACGGAUCCCAAAGUAUACCCUUAGAAGCUGGGAAAACGUUUUAGCUAUGGUGACAGAGAAAGUGCGUCUUCGCACGGGUGCUGUUUUCAGGCUUUGCACAUUAAACGGACACCCUGUCUCCGGUCCCACUGAACUGGAGAACAACCACUACUAUGUUGCAGUCGGUUCAGAAAAGUUUAAGGCUCUCCCAUAUUACCAGUGUGUCCCCAGGAGGGAUUUGCUUAGGGAAAAUAACAUGACUGAAGGCCAAGGCAUCCUGCCCAGUACCAAAAUCAAAAGAUGUACAAAGAAUGUGACAAGCUCUGGAGAAGACCUUGAGCACACAGCCAGGGGCCAGACAAAGAAACUCACAGCCAAGGCAGAGAGAACCAAACAACAAGGGCAGGUGUCCAAGAACCCAGUUCUCUUCCCCCCAGUGGAGGGCAGCGUGUUCAAUGCACAAAACAAAAGGAGUGAGAUGGCAGGAGCAGCAGAGGUGCAGGAAGACCGCCAGUUGAAGGUGGAUCUGCCAAUUGAUCAGGUUGAGGCCAAGAUAGUUGAAGAGGAGUAUGAAGAUGGGAAUCGUUGUGCGAGUUCCUGCAAGGCCUCCCUCCGUGAUUCAGAUGACUCGAGUAUGCAAAGGUCUUCCACCACAGAUUCCGGGAAAAAUGAGGCUAAAGAGAGGGAGGCAUCUUCCAAGCUCGGCAGAAUACGGUCGCAGAUGUCCCUGUUUUUCAAGGGAAGAAAAUUGAAACUUCAACAUUAGUUGUUUAGAUCUGCAUGAGAUUCACUCCAGAGAAUCAUAGAAUACAGUGUCACACUGCUAAGGACCAGACGUCCUCAUUCUCUUCUGUCUCAAGAAGCCAGCUGCUCAUGUAUAAGAUGAAACAGUGUUAUAAACCAAAUAAAAAUGUCUUUUCUCCUGACA